GAGAGGGGAUGUCGGCUCUGAAGCGCUCCCACUGUCUGUCGGAGGGGGGAGACAAGUGGCUGAGAGAGAGAGAGAGAGUGAGAGUGAGUGAGUGAGAGAGAGAGAGAGGAGGAGAGGUACUGGAGCACAGUGAGCAUCAGCUGGUUUGUGUGUGCAUGGGUUUCACUGUGUGUGUGUGUGUGUGAGAGGGAUCUGAGGAGGGCACAGACCUCACCCCAGGACUUGUCAGCCUCAAACCUUACUGUCAGCGGCAUCCAGACCUGCACCUCGACACCAUGACCAGAGCCACAGCAGCCGCCACCCUCCUCGCCAUCCUCCUCACUGUAGCACCGCAGAAAGCUGACCAUCCGUUGAAGCCAAAGAAUGUGAAGUUGCUGUCUCAUGAAAAGGGAUUGAAAGUACUGUGGGAACCACCCAAAGAUAUAUCUAACAGGCCUGUAGAUCGCUAUAACAUUGGCUAUGGUAAAUCACCAAAUAGCCUCAAAUUUAUCAAAGUGGAAAAAGAUAAACGCUCUCAAAUAUUGGAGGACGUGGAGCCUGGGGAGGUGUACUUUGUGGUGGUGACUGCAGAAAACCAGCACGGAGUGAGCCAUCCAGUGUACAGAGCUAAUAAUGCAGCCGGGGGCGAGUGGAUCACGAUGGAUGGAUUUGCUCUUAUGGGUCCAGUUGCCUACAAUGGAACAGUUACAGAGCGGAGAGUACCAAAGAGGCCUCUCCGUGUCCGGGUCAGGACAGCAGAAGAUGGACUUUCACUUCACUGGAGACCACCUCGUUCUUCCAGCUCCAAGAGUCCAGGGAGAGUUCGAAGCUAUCUGUUUGGCUACGGGCCCCGCGGCAGGAGAAUGCAAUAUGUGCCACUGCCAGAAGAGCAAAGAAGCCAUAAAGUAAAAAAGCUUGUUCCUGAAUCAGUGUAUGUGGUGUCUCUACAGGCUAUGAACUCUCUUGGUCAGAGCGAACCUGUUUACAGGGCAGCAUUGACCAAACGCAAAAUGGCAGAGGCUGAUGAGCUGCACAAGCCAAGAGACAUUACAGUGCGAGUUCUGGGUUCACAGUCUCUACUUGUUAUGUGGGUCGAUCCUGGACUGAAGAAGGAAAAAAAUCCCAAUGUCGGCAGUACUAGGCACUACACUGUUAAGUACAGAGAGAAAGGAGAAUCGGCCAAAUGGGAAUACAAGACUUCAUCUCACAGGCGUGUGAUGGUUGACAAGCUAUCGCCUGACUCCAUAUAUGAAUUCUCUGUUCGCACUUCACAAGGAGAGAGAGAUGGGACAUGGAGUGCUUCAGUCUUCCAAAGAACUCCCGAGUCUGCUCCUACCUCCAGUCCAGAGAACUUCGAAGUAACCCCAUUAGGUCAGCAAGGAACGGCAGUGACUGCAUCCUGGGACCCACCCAGUGAGAACUCUGAGAAGAUCAAAGAAUACAUUAUUUCAUACGCCCCGGCUCUCAAACCAUUCGGAGCAAAGGCUAUCACUUUUCCUGGGGACAUUACAACCGCCAGAGUUGAUGGUCUGCAGCCUGGGGAGCGCUAUGUUUUCAAAAUUCGAGCAGCAAACAGGAGAGGACAAGGUCCUCAGUCAAAAGCCCUCAGUGUGGCUAUGCCAAAAACCAGCAAUACUGCUUCAGCUUUCCGAGCUAGGAUCCAUGAAAAACCAGAGACUUCUGCAGAAUUACCUACAUCCAAGCCCUCUUACUCCCACACGUCCCUUACAAAAAUGGCAUCUACACAUGUUCAAUCUUCACCCGUUUCCAGAGCAGUGACUCCUGACUCUGUCAUCAGAUCAAAGACAAGGAAAGCUUCCUCUCUCUUACCUAAGUCCCACUCAGCGUUGUCAGAGACCCUGUCCUCACCAGCAUCUGAUAAUAAAACUAUUAAAGCCUCACGUUUCUCAUCUGCUUCAUUAUAUCCUCUUUCUUCACCCUCAACACCCUUAAGGAAUUCAGCCCCAGACCUGAGGAGAAAACCGUUUGCGAGGACCAGGCAUGCCUCUUCCAUAUUACCAUCCACCCGAUUUCACCCAAGGACGAGAACCUCUGAUGCCAAUCCAAACUUUAGAAAGCAAAUCUCUUCUGGCUCAUCGGUUUUGUCAGUUCUCACAGAUAAUGAAACCAAAGAGCCAAGUCAAGAUCAGUCCAAAUCCCCAUCUUUUUCUUCAACCAGAUCCUCUUCUAUCUAUUCAGAGGAAGACAAAGAAGAGAAAAGCCAAGAAGAAGAAAGUGAAGAGGAAGAACAGGAGCUGGAGGGAAAGGAGGAGCAAGAGGGAAAAGAAGAACUAGAAGACCUGGACGAAGAGGGAGAGAAAAGAAAAAGACUUUUAAGUGAAAGGAAUUCAAUGUUUACAAAGUCAAAGGAAUUAAAUCCCAACUCAGUAUUACGUAGACAGUUGCAAUCACAUAAGGAAAACAGACCAAUUCAAUCCUUGUCCAAAACAUCAUUGAAACCAUCAGUAUCAUCAUCCUCAACUCUCCCAUCUUCCUCUCAGUUACCAAGGUCACGGCCAUUCUUGAGAAGGACAGCAAAGAAACCACCAUCUACUUCCCAUGUUUCUCGAGGAAAUGUACCUUGGGCUGCUUCUACUAAAAGAAGAGUGACCCCUGAUGGAAAGCCAGUUUUCUCCUCUGUACCAGUGCAGUCUGUUCCUUCACCACCUGUUGUGUCCUCUUCUGCCACACGGUUGAGAAGUUCCCAUUCAUCUUCACCAACAAAUCCUGCCUCAGGCUCCAGUCUUAUGGACACAAGAUCUGUAUCUGCGCGUGAGAGACGACCAAAUCCUACCCCAUCUACCCCUUCUUCUCCUGCCUUGUUACCCUCUUCAAAAUCAUUAAGGAAUUAUCACCGAUCGUCACUGACUCAUCCUCGUAUAGGCUCCAGCAGUUCUAAUCGCAGAGUGUUGUCUGGAGCUGAUGCAAAGCAACUAUCCGACUCUCUGCUUUCUCAGUCAUCUUCUUUGCCAUCAAAUCCUUUCACUAGUAACCAAAUGAUAACUGCUGCUAAAAGAAAGCCAACCACAUCUGGUGGUUCUUCUCACUCCCCAGCCUCAUCAGUCCAGUCCUCUCCUAUAGCAGGAAAAGGGUCACAACAACAGUCCUCUCGUAUUAAUCCCCUUUUACGUUCACGAUCAUCUGACGCUAGCAUAAUAACUGCUGCUGAAAGAAAGUCAGCGAUAUCCGGUGGUACUUUGCACUCCUUCCCAACCUCAUCAGUCCAGUCCUCUACUAUAGUAGGAAAAAGGUUACAACAACAGUCCUCCCAUACAAAUCCCUUUUUACGUUCAAGUUCAUCAUCUGAUAUUAGCAUAAACACUGCUGCUGAAAGAAAGCCAUCUACCUCUGAUGGUUCCUCUUAUUCCCCAUCCUCUGCUGUCCAGUCCUCUUCUGUACCAGGAAAAGGGUUACAACAACAGUCCUCCCAUGCUAAUCCCUUUUUACAUUCACAUUCAUCUGACAUCAGCAUAAAAACUGCUGCUGAAAGAAAGCCAUCGACAUCUGAUGGGUCCUUUCCAUCUCUUCCAUCCUCAUCAGUCCAAUCCUUCUUGGUUCCAUUGACAGGUUCACGUUCAUCCUCUCGUACAAACCCUGUUUUACGUUCCAGUUCUUUUAACACCAGGAUAACACCUGGUACUGAAAGAAAGUCUGUUAUAUCCAGUGGUUCCUCUAAGUCUGUUCCAGCUUCAUCAGAACAGUCCUCAUCCCGAUCUUCAGAGGAUGCUCAUUCAUCUGUCCCAUCAAUUCCUGACUCAAGUUUCUCUAACAGAGGGAUGACACUCCAUCCUGAAAGAAAACCAUCCUCCUCUUCUGUUUCAUCUCAGUCUCUUCCUUCUUCAUCAUCCAGGUCUUCUUCUACAGCAUCAAAGGGCUCCCAGUCAUCCUCCCUCACAAACCCUUUGCUUCGCUUCAGGUCAGCUAACACCAGAUUUGCAUCUAGUCCUGAAAGAAAGAAAAUUGUGUCUUUUUCUGCACAGUCCUCAUCUUCUGAACCAUCAGAACAUUCUCAGUCAUCUUUACCAACAAAUCCUUCCUCUGGCUCCCGUUUUCAGACUCCCCGGGUGGCUGGUGAUCCAAAUAAAGCCUCAACAUCACUGUCUGCUUCUUCCACUUUACAAGGACAAUCCCAUUCUGAACUCAAAAAAUCCUACUUAGGCUCUGAUUUUGCUAACAAACAGGAUACAACUAGUCAUGGAACACAAGCAGUUCCCUCUUCUGUUGGAGUUCACUCUGUGCCAACAUCACCUGAACGGUCAUCUUCUAUAGCUUCAGGACAUGGCACUCAGCCAUCUUCAUCAUUGCUGCUUCCUUCAGGCUCUAGGCAAACAAAGCCAAGAAGGGUCUUUCCUCCCUCUUCUCCAUCCUCCCCACAUUUUUCUGCAUCAUAUCCCCUCUCCCCUUCCUCGCCUCAACACCGUUUCAUGGGAACAAGGAAACGGUUCCCCCUAAGGACAAGUAGCAAUGGAAAUGUAGUGCGUGGAGGCAGGUUCCGUCAAUUUGUAAAGCAGAACCACAAACAAGGGAAAAAUGGGAGACCAAACUUAACAUCAGUUAGGGAGAGCAAAGUUAUACUCGGCACAGCUAAUAAUGAAAAGCAAACUGGACACAAAAUUAUCACCGGUCCCCAAGGCACAACAUGGAUUAUAGAUCUUAUUCGAGGAAUACUGAUGAAUCCAGAAGGCCAAGUGCUCCAAGAUUCAUUUGGAAAACCUCUCCAAGUUCAGCUGGGAGCAGAUGGACGCACCAUUCUAGAUCGACAAGGAACCCCAGUUCUGACUCCUGAAGGCUUGCCUCUGUUUGGCCAUGGGCGAGAUAGCACCCCUUUAAUACAGCCUAAAGGCAGGCCGAUCCUAUCAGUUGGAGGCAAGCCUAUUAUUGGAUUAAUUCAGGAGCUAAAAACAACAAUUGCACCAACAACGACAAUGCCAACAACAACAACAAUGCCAACAACAACAACAAUGCCAACCACGACUACAAUGCCAACCACAACAACAAUGCCAACCACUACACCAGAGCCAACAACAGAAUCAACCACUGUGGUUCCAACAUGUCCCACAGGCAGCAACUUAAGAUUUGAUGAAUAUGGGUAUCCAGUUCUAGGCCUUGAUAAUACAAUUGAAUGCUUCACAGAAGGUUUUCAACCAGUCCAAACUACUUUACCUCCAACAACAACCCAGGAGCCUAAGACGAAACACCUCUACACCGUUCCUGUGUUGCAGUUUGACGUGACAGGACUCAAACGAUUUACAGCUGCACAUGUGAGUUAUAUCAGCAAGGAUCCAGCCUCACCUUGCUCGCUAACAGAAGCGCUGGAGCACUUUCAAGUGGACUCACUAGUGGACAUUAUUCCAAAAGACCUUAAAGAUGGCAUGAAGGCACCCCAGCGCGCACCUCAGAACAUCACCAUCGUGGCUGUCGAGGGCUGCCAUUCCUUCGUGAUCAUUGACUGGACGAAGUCUAAGAAGGAUGACCUGGUAACAGGUUACCUCGUGUACAGUGCUUCCUAUGAUGAAAUCCUGAAGAACAAGUGGACCACAAAGUCAUCAGCCAGCAACACAAACUUGCCUAUUGAGAAUCUGAAGCCAAACACAAGGUAUUACUUUAAAAUUCAAGCCAAGAAUCCAUCUGGGUAUGGCCCCUUGAGCGAAACCUUGUCCUUUGUUACAGAAUCGGAUAACCCAUUGAUAAUUGUCAGACCACCUGGGGGUGAGCCUAUUUGGAUUCCUUACACAUUCAGAUAUGAGCCUUCUUCCAGUGAGUGCAAAGGCAAGCAAUACGUGAAGCGCACCUGGUACCGCAAAUUUGUGGGAGUUGUGCUCUGCAACUCCUUGAGGUACAAAAUCUUCCUCAGUGAGGGCCUAAGAGAGACAUUUUAUAGCAUUGGUGAUGCCUGGGGUAGAGGUGAGGACCACUGUCAGUUUGUGGAUUCAUUUUUGGAAGGAAGAACAGGAACACAUUUGAGACCAGAUACUCUGCCGAUUAUCCCAGGAUAUUAUCGGAGCUACCGCCAGGAGCCAGUGAGGUUCGGCAUUAUCGGUGGAACCAUGAGGUUUGGUGGAUCACCCAAUUACUAUGUGGGCUGGUAUGAAUGUGGAGUGCCAAUUCCAGGAAAAUGGUAAUGAAUGGGACCACUGAAAAUUCCUCAAGGAUGUUUUAUAGAACUUUGCUUCCACAUGACCUGAAUAAACCUGCAAGGAAGUUGAAAUUGUAAUUUUGAGAUAUAGUAUUUUCAGGAGAUUUCAAACCAAAAAAAAACAAAUUCUGGUACAAUCUACUGGAAUAUACAACAUAAUUCCUAAAAUAUAUAUAUAUUAAAGGAGUACCCAGGUUUAAAGUAAAACGUGUUCAAUACUGUUUCACACAUCUGCAAGCAACUUGGUGCUCUGCUUUCUAAAGGUUGAGGAGUGGGCAAUAAGAUCAACAGGAGAUAAAACACCAAAAUACUCCAGGAUUUUACACACAGACAUUGGAGAGCAUUGCCUGGUUAUCAGAUAACUUAGUGUUCAUUGAAUCCAAAGGGUUGUUUCACCAUAAAUCUCUACCUAAGCGCUGUGCUUACAGAAUAAUAUUGAGUUAUUUGGAGACCAAACCCUUGUCUGUAGAAGUCUCUCCUUUAACUCUAGCUAGGGCUGAGCUUUCAAUCAGACUUUCCCCUUCUCACCUUUUACACCCUGAAAUGGUCUAUACAUUCAGUUCUUUCUCUUUUCCAUUACUCAGCUCAAUAUAUGAUCCGUAAUCUAUGCAUCUUAUCCAUUGCAAGUAUUACCUUAUGUUUCAGGUGAAAACAUUACCAUCCAUAUCUAAAGGCAGAUCAUGCAUCAUUUCAUCUUAGCACAGUAACAAAGAUGUAGAUUGCUUCCUGUCACUCACAUAUGGCAAAAGGAACAGCUAGUUUCCUAGCCUAUAGGCUCUACAUAGACUAGAUUAUAUGUAACACUACAUUUAACCUACAUACAAAGCAUACAGGUUUAUAAGGGAUCACUGAUUGAGUACUGAACCACAUGGUUUUGAUUGAAAGUAAAGGACAAUUUCUACAGCCUCCAUCAGCUAUUGUAGCCCUGGCAUCCACCACAGUCUGGAGUAACCUCAAUUUUCCAAGCUUCAAACCUCUUUGCUACACCAGCAUCCUUAAUUCAUGCUUUCAAAUUUCUCAUCAAGUCAAAGAUGUCAAAAAUGUUUUGUUUUUUUACAGGCCUAUAAAAAAAUCUGUAACAUUUAAAUUAUAUUUGAACGAAACAUAGAAAAUUGUGGAAUGUAUUUCUCUAAAAGCUGAAGUUUGCUGGAUAUAAAACGGUUGCACCAGCA